AUGGGUGUAUUUUUGCAGAUAGAGGCUUAUAAAGCAGAAGAGGAUUUUUUUGUGCCUCAAUACAACCAGAAUGUCUUCGUCAGGGCCAGUCAAUUGUUGGAUCUUUGUCUCAUGAGCACUGAGUCACUUCAAUUUGGAUACCACUUGCUAGCUGCCACUACUAUUAGUUUUUAUGUCAAGAGCAUCAUCACCGUUACUCAGAUCACAGCUCUCUCAAGUGAAGAGAUGGAAAGUUGUCGUAAUUGGAUGGUGCCAUUCUUGGAUGUGUUAGAGAUGGGAAGAAAUGCAUCUUUGGUAUGUUCUUCCUUUUCCGACAUACCUGAAGAGUUGGCACACAACAUUCAAACUCACAGUGUCAAUCUAGUCUUAUUGACAACGGGAAGUCAAUGCAACAUGAAAAUUUAA